AUGGAUUUCUUUUUACAGUGCAGAAACCCUAAUUUCCAUUCUUCUUCUUCGGUAGUUGUAACAAGCAAUAAAGUCAACAACAGAGUUCAUGGGAGAGAAGGGGAGAAGAAGAAGCACAAGAGAAACAACAAGAUCAGCACUAAAGUGAAGCUCUCAACAGACCCACAAAGUGUAGCUGCAAGAGAGAGAAGGCACAGAAUCAGCGAGCGGUUCAAGAUUCUGCGAAGCUUGAUACCAGGUAGUGAUACCAGGAACAUGGAUACAGUAUCCAUGCUGGAAGAGGCCAUUCAAUAUGUCAAGUUCUUGAAAGCUCAGAUUUGGCUACACCAAACAAUGAUUAGUUUUGAGAAUUUCCAUGAUUAUGAUAAUGCUAAUAGAAAUUAUCAUCAUUAUCAAUGCUCGCAUCAAGAUCUUCUCCCGUCUGAUAAUUUCUAUAGUGAUUACCACCACCUCUCCAGCUUGCCUCAAAUGGAACAUGCAGUCGUACCCCAACUAGGGUUUGAAGAUGGAUCUUGCUUCAAGGAUGAGGAUGAUGAUAACAAGUUUUCUCUUUCUCAUGGUAUCAUCAUGUGA